UCAGAUAGCGAAACACCCCUGUAUGGAGGUGACAUUCUGGUACAGACUGACCGCAGCGCCAUUAACUGUACUUCUUGCCUUUGGCCUAGAAAUGAUGAUGGCAUUGUUCCUGUUCCCUACAUCAUAUCAUCCACAUUCAGUCCCAGUGACCUGAAUAGUAUUACACUCGCCAUGACAGAGUUUGAGUCAUUGACUUGUGUGAGGUUUGUGCCUCUUACGACAGAAGACGAUUAUCUCAACAUCUCACCUGAAGAUGGCUGUUACUCAUAUGUUGGAAGAGUUGGUGGCAGCCAGACAGUUUCAUUGGGUGGUGGCUGCGUCUAUAGUGGGAUUAUACAACAUGAAUUAGAACAUGCCCUGGGCUUCCACCAUGAACACGCCAGAAGUGAUCGUGACAACUAUGUUGAUAUCAAUUUCCAGUAUAUCCAGUAUAUCUCUGAAGGUAAUUUUGUUAAAGCGGACACUAAUAACCUGGGCAGUCCAUAUGACUACGGUUCAGUGAUGCAUUAUGAUGCCUAUGAAUUUACUAACACCUCAAACAAACCCACAAUUGUCCCCAAGCCUGACCCCAAUGUGCCUAUUGGACAGAGAAUUGGACUGAGCGUCUUGGAUGUCCUUAAAAUUAACCGACUUUAUCAAUGCAGUAAGUUUCUGUACAUUCCAAUUUUAUGA